ACGUUUAUUAAUCUGGAGCGUUUCGAAACGUCAUACGUUUACAAGAAAUUCAAGUGAAAAUUUUCAGUAAUUCAACGCAAUAAAAAGAUCAUUGCAAACGGUUUUUAUUUUCAGCUGUGGUUGCUUCUUAUUAUCGUAUGUCCAUCCAGAAUUUAAAUACAUUUGACCCCUUUGCUGAUGCAAUCAAGGGUGCUGAUGAUGAUGUUCAAGACGGUCUUGUGCACAUAAGAAUUCAGCAGAGAAAUGGUCGAAAGACACUAACGACAGUGCAAGGAUUAUCGUCGGAAUAUGAUUUAAAGAAAAUUGUGCGAUCAUGUAAAAAGGAAUUCGCAUGUAAUGGCACAGUAAUUGAACAUCCCGAAUACGGAGAGGUACUACAGCUCCAGGGCGACCAACGUGAGAACAUCUGCCAAUGGUUGACAAAGGCUGGUCUUGCGAAACCUGAUCAGUUAAAAGUACACGGCUUUUAAAUUAAUCAACGAAGGCCAGCAAUUUGAAACAACCAACAAAGUCAGCAAGCAAUUAACAAACAGUCAAAGAAGCAAAAAAGUAGAAAAAUUCAAGUCAUUCGUCAUCAGAAACUGUAAUAAGAAUACAUUAUACAAUUGUGUGCUUUUUUAAGUGCAACAUUGUAUGAUAUAUUGUUAAUUUUGCACAUAAAUAUUUCCAGCAGUUAUUUAAACUCACUAAACGAAUCGUUUGUGUUUUUUUUAACAUCAAUACACAAAAGACUUCUUUUGAUGAACAUAAUUAACUCAACGCAUAAAAACGAACUAGUUUAUGAAGCUGUUAUCCGCUAAAAUAUAUCUCGUAAAAUAAACCAUUUUAUCCUUUUUAUAUGCUAAAAAAAAUCCCAUUGGAUUGACACACACAAUGAUUGAUUGAUUAAAUUUACUCUACUUCCAAUUUACAUGGUUACUUUUUCACAAAAACUUUUUUAAUUCAAAUUCAAUAACAAAAUGUUGAAAUUAGUAUAUAUUAUGAACCCCUUUGAAUGUAGUCAAAAUAACGAUAAUAGUUUAUUAUGGAAAACCGUUUGUCAGAGGUACAAGCGAAGAAUGCUCUAUGAUGGACGGCAUUGCACUCAAUACAAAACUAUGAAAGAAGAAGACUAUUAUUAUUAAAUUUGCAACUACAUAAAUUAAUAUGAACAAAUGAAUAAAUAAUUUAAAACGAUUAUAAUUUUCUUUCAAAUAGGAUAUGAUUAUUAUAUAUAGAACCUUGUAAGAUGGGCGUACGAAAAUAUGAAUAAAUUACAUACAGAGUAAUUGGAAUGGAAAACCGGAA